AUGGGUUCGGCGGGGGAGGGAUCGCACUGGCUGGAUCGCACCCCGAGCGACGAGCUCGGCGAUCCGACCACCCUGCGCGGCGACGCUGCGAGGCGGGUCGCGAGGCGGCUCACCGAUGUCGCGCGGUUCCGAGGUUCGGUCGGUUCCGAGGCUGAGACCUCCGCCUGGCUCAGCCGCCGCUCCACCCCCGACGGCGUCGACCAAACCCCGGCCGCCGCUCGAGACCCGGCUCGUUUUAACCCGACGCCGCCGCUCGGUCAAACCCUCGCGCCGGCCCCAGCGUUCAAGCCCGGCCCGAACGCCAUCGUCUUCACCCGCGAGCAGCGCGGCGACCCCGGGGCGCAACCCGAGAAGCGAUACAACGUCCAGCGAAAGUGGCUCGUCCUAGACGUCGACGGCGAGUCGACGUUUCUGGAGGCGACGAAGAUGGAGAUGCAGCGCGAGCUCGGCGUGCCGUUUCGGGAUCUCAUGAUCCUGGACCCGGCGCUGCCCACGAGGUACCCGAGCAGCGUGUUCAUCCGCCCGAGGGCGCUCGUCAUCAACCUCGAGCACAUAAGAGCCGUGGUGACUCUUCCAGACGUUCUUCCAGAAGACGUUCUUCCAGAAGAUGUCAUUCCAAACGACGUUAUUCCAAACGACGUUCUUGCGGAUGACGUUAUGCCGAACGGCGGCGUCUCGCCCGAAGCCACCGCCGCCACCACCGACAUCCUCGGCCUGCGUCAAUCCCCCGCGGACCUCAAAGUCCUCGCCCUCCCCUUCGAACUUCGCGUCGUCGAAGCCGCUUUGUUCCAUGUGUGCGCCAGGCUGCUGGAGGAGACAAUAACGCUCGAGGACGUCGCGUAUCCCGCGCUGGAUUCGCUCGCGAGGCACGUCACCACCAAGUCGCUGGAGCGCGUGCGACGCGCCAAGGCGGCGAUGAACCAGCUGUCGAGGCGCGUCGGGGCGGUGCGUGAGGAGCUGAGCAAGCUCCUGGCGGACGACGGGGACAUGAUGGCGAUGUGCCUGACGACGAGGGAGGAGAAAGACCGCCACAGUCCAAUCACGGCGCCGCGUCCAAUCACGGCUCCAGACGGAAGUCGCGGCACCGCAAGUCGUCCGGUCCGCGCGUCCGCCGUCGAUCGUCGUCCUCCUCCGGCGUCGUCGUCGACUCAGCACGAGGGAGUGGAGGCGUUACUCGAGGCGUACUACAUGCACGUCGACUUCAGCUUCGCCAGGCUGGCCGAGCUGCGGGACGCGACCGAGGACACCGAGGAUCUGGCCGAGAUUUCACUCGAUUCGCAGCGAAACAGGCUGAUAAAGAUCGAUCUGGUCAUAUCCAACGCCACGCUCGCGGUGGGCGUCUUCGGCGUCGUCGCCGGCGCGUUCGGGAUGAACCUGCCGGUGCCGCUCAGGUCGAACCAAGGGGCGUUCGGGGAGGUGCUCAUCGCGGCGGGGGCGGCGUGCGUCGCGCUCUUUACGGGGGUGCUGCUGUACCUGCGCAGCCAGAGGCUGCUGCAGACGUGA